AUGAUUUCAGAAGACAGUGGCUCCUCCUCGGAGUCUGAAGCUGCAGCAGAUCUGCUGGAUUCUGUCUUAGGCAUAGGCAGCGGUGCAUCACAGGGGCCGAGCGCAGGGGCCCCCGCGAAGGCCCCCCAAGGGGCCCCCCAAGGGGGUCCCCGGCAGCCAGACCGAAAUAAGAAAACGAAGAAAGAGGUUAAGAAGGAGAAAGAGACGCAGGAGCAGGAGGCCCCUCCCCUGCCGCCGUACAAAGGACUGAAACUUGAACUCAAAGGCCUGCCCCUGGAGGUGGGGCCUCCCACCAGCAGCAGCAGCAGCAGCAGCGGCACGCAACAAGGAGAAGGCUUGCUGCGGCUGCAGCCGCAUCAGAAGCUGCUGCGGCUCUCUAUAGACGGCGAUCCUACAGCAGACCCUGCAGAGCUUCUCUCUGCGUACAUAUCUUCUUUGGGUGCGGGUAAUGCUGGCGUGGGCUCUGUUUUUUCUUCGUCUUCUUCUUCGUCUUCUGCUGCUUUUGACGCUUCUCCGCAUUAUAUUAAAGUUGGCGAUCGGUGGUACAGUGUACAGCGAGGGGGGCCCCGAGGAGAAGUGCUGCUGGGGCCUCAACCGGCAGACACACAGCUGCUGACGGCUGAUAGACACCUUGGGCAAAUAACCUUCAGUAGAUGCGAACCCCCAGAAGAAGCAGAAGCAAAUACCAUGGAAGACGAAGAUGACGAUAAGACGUGGGAGUCGCGGCCUUCUUUCGCUCGCUUUCACAAAAUUGAACAAUAUGGCACCAACGUCAAGCCGAAGAAACCACCAAAAAACAAAAAAUACCAUAGAUGA